AUGUCAAGGAGGCUGCAUAAAUAUACUGAAGAAGAGGAUGACUUGAUACAAGAGAACGGCGGCUUAAUAGAAGAGGAUGAUGAUUUGUUUAACGAUGCAAACGAGGACGAAGACUUUCUGCACCUGCCGACGCAGCAACAUCAGCAACAUCAGCAACAACAACAGGAACAACCUUACUCUUCAAUAUAUCUGGCCAGUAACCCAUUUACACCUGGUGCUGCAUACCCUUUGGUGAGUCCCUUUGGUGGGUACCAACCAUAUGGGAUUUAUACUCAGCAACUGCGGGGUUCAUCGUCUCCUUCCAGAGAGCAUGGUCAUCGUGAUGCAACGGGCUCUUCAUCUUCUGGAACAGCUUACAGUGACGAUUAUAAAAAGUUAGAUGACUUUGACUAUGGUUUUGACAGUGAUGACGAAAGCGCAAAUAUGUUUAGAGACUCCUCGCCACGACGUCAAAAGACUGUUCAGUUUAAAUCUGAUGACUCAGGAAUAAAGUACCCUCCAAUUGCAUAUAACCCAACUGUGAGAACAAACACUUUUGAAUUAGGGAGUUUUGGCUCAGUAGGCAAUAGCGGUGCUUUUGGUGAUUAUGACGUAGACGCGGAAAAAAAAGGAAAAAAAAAGGAAGGUGAUGAUGGAAUGGGUGCAGGUAUGGAGUAUAGAGGACACGGACGCAACAGAUCUAAUUUGGAGGUUGUAUCGGGUGAUGAUUACAUGAUAAAUCCUUUAGUUGAUGCCGCGUAUGAUGGGGAAGAGGAUGAAACAGGAGCAGCUGUUGUUGUUGAUGAUGAUGAUGACAGCGAUGAUAUGUUUGAUGAUGAUAGUCUAUUCUCAUCUGAUGAUGCUGAUCUCAUACGUCGUGCCACUACAAUGCGGAGAAGAAUGACCAAAAAAAGCAGCAAAUUUCUCAAUGGUGGAGGAACUUUGAAAAAGUCCAAGAGUCGAGGAUCAACAAUCACUUUUGAUGAUGAAGAGUUCAAGAAAUUAGCUUACACGAAAACAAUCAAAAAAGCCAAAUUGAUCAAUGGUAAUUAUGUGAUUGAUGCGCCGGCACCAAGAGCCUUACUCGAAAGGUACGGAGAUGAGCAUACAAGCAAGGCCAGUGAAAUGAAAUUUAUGAGGUACACUGCAGCAACGUGCGGACCAUCGAAUUAUACCAAGCUCAAUUACAAUUUGCGCCAGGCAUUAUAUGAACCACGUAGAGAGACAGAAAUUAUGAUUUGCAUCACCAUGUAUAAUGAAGAUGAAAACUUGUUGGCAAGAACAUUAAAGGGUGUUUUUGAAAAUAUUGCCGAUUUAACCAAAAGAUCCGACUCGACUUGGGGCGACGAUUCUUGGAAAAAAGUUGUUGUUUGUAUCGUUGCCGAUGGAAGAUUGCAUUUGAACAAGAAAACCAAGGUAUUGUUGACGGCAUUGGGCGUCUACCAGGAUGGAUAUGCCAAAUCAAAGAUUAACGACAAGUCGGUGAAAUCACACAUAUACGAAUACACAUCCACAGUUGGUAUUGACACAAUUACCGAUCAUCAGGUUAACCUCACAAGGAAUAAAACACCUGUACAGUUUUUGUUUUGUCUUAAGGAACAUAAUGCCAGGAAAAUUAACUCUCAUCGUUGGUGUUUCCAAGCAUUCGCGCCAAUUUUGAAUCCAAAAGUUAUAAUGUUACUUGAUUGUGGUACUAAACCGUCAAAGGAUGCGUUUUUUUACCUCUGGCGAUCGUUUAAGGAUGAAAAUGUUGCUGGAGCAUGUGGUGAGAUGAGAACAUCGUUGGGUCCAGGAAAAAAACUUUUGGCUAACCCGUUGGUUGCAGCACAAAACUUUGAGUAUAAGAUUUCUAAUAUAUUAGAUAAACCGAUGGAAAGUGUGUUUGGUUUUAUAUCAGUGUUGCCCGGUGCCUUUAGUGCCUAUAGAUAUGAGGCAUUGCUUAAUGUCAAUGGUGAGGGGCCAUUGGAGAAGUACUUUAAAGGAGAAUACUUGCAUCAGAAUUCACAUAUUGGUGGAAGUUCAGGAGCAGGAGCAGGAGCAGGAGGAGAAGGAGAAGAAGAAGAUGAUGAAAGAGAGAUUAAGGAGCGUAAUUUUGAAGAGGCUGGGAUAUUUACAUCGAAUAUGUAUUUGGCCGAAGAUAGAAUUCUUUGUUUUGAGUUGGUUGCAAAACGUGGACACAAGUAUCGGUUGAGGUAUGUUAAAGAAGCCAAGGCAGAGACUGAUGUACCAGAACAUAUUGAUGAGUUUGUGCUUCAACGAAGACGUUGGCUUAACGGAUCAAUGUUUGCUGCUGCGUAUGCAGUUUUCCACUGGACCAAGAUUUGGCGGUCGAACCAUUCUCUAUUUAGAAAACUUUUUUUGCAGUUGGAGUUUUAUUAUCAAUUAGUGACGAUCCUUGUGUCGUGGUUUUCCCUUGCGUCAUUUUUCUUAGUGUUUCGUAUUUUGACUGCUAAUCUUGGGGCGCUGGACAUGAAUUUCGAUGUGGGUCGUUACUUGGCGGUGAUCUUUGAGUGGUUUUAUGUUGGGUGUGUUGUUGUUACGUUUGUUUUGGCAUUUGGUAAUUCACCUCGUGGAACAAGAAAGUUUUAUCUUGUGGUGACAUACAUUUUUGCCAUUAUGAUGGCGUAUAUGAUGUUUUCUGCGAUAUUUCUUGCUGUGCAUACUGCGACAUCUAUCAUUGAUGCCCACAAGGAUGAUUUUAAAGUAACAAUGAUUUUUACGAACCAAAAGUUUCGUGAUUUGGUUGUAUCGAUGGUGUCUACAUAUAUUCUUUACUUUGUUGGUGCAUUUCUUUACGGGCAGCCUAGUUUUAUGUUUACGUCCUUUGUUCAGUAUGUGUUGUUGUCGCCUACAUAUAUCAAUGUGCUAAACAUAUAUUCGUUUUGUAAUAUCCAUGAUGUGUCGUGGGGUACUAAAGGUGUUGAGGCUGCCAAGGAUUUAGGUGCGGCAAAGUUUAUUGGUGCCGAUGACGAGAAUAUCGUUUUGGUUGCACCCGAGGUGAAUCACGAGCUCAAUGAUGUUUACUUGACCAAUUUGGAGUCACUAAAGAAUUUGAACGCCAAAAAUGAUGCUGAAGAAGUUGACAAAAUCAAUGCAAAGAAAUUUAAGGAUGAUUCGUAUUACGCGUUUAUUAGAACAGUUACGGUGUUGAUUUGGAUGUUGACCAAUGCCAUUUUGAUUGCUGUGGUGUUGAGGACCAUGGGUGUGGAUAUUAUGACAAAGAAACUGAGUACUAAUUCCGAUGGUUCGAUUGCAGGUAAUUCAGAGAUAUUCUUGUCGAUUAUAUUGUGGAUCGUUGCUGGUUUGGCGGUGUUUAGGUUCUGUGGGUGUGUAUUGUAUCUUAUUGGAUCAAUGUACAGGCCAUUGAAGUGGAAGAUGAGGAGUGGCAAGGAGGGGAAGAAGAGGAACAAAAAGAAAUAUGAUGAAAUGGGGGAAGAAGGGGUAAACUAUAAACUUGUUUAA